AUGGCCCUCCAGGACUGGACGAGCUGCCUGCACCGGAGCAAGGCGCCAUCCUCGCCGACGCCCAGCUCAGACAUGCCCCCCAAGACGCGACGGCACCCACGCCCCCUGGCCCGGCACCUCGUCAUCUCCCUCACAACGUCCGUCGUCCUGCUCGCCGCGUUCAUUCUUUUCCUCCUCGUCGGUCUUUCCCUCCCCAUUAUCAAGACCAUAUGGAUCUUCCACAUUAAGUUCAUCACCGACCCCAACGAUCCCGUCACGUCCGUGGCCACGGAGCUCCGCUUCGGGGUGUGGGGCAUAUGCGCCCUCAGCGAGCUCGGGAACAUCGAGUGCUUCGGGCCCAUGCUGGGCUACACCAUCCCGGACGAGAUCGCGCAGUUGACGGGGUACCCGGAUAUUGUCGACGCCGUUGCAGAGGGCCUCCUCAUCAUCCUCAUCCUCCACCUCGUCGCCGCCGGGCUCUCUCUCGUGGGGGUGGGCACUAGCCUCUUCCUCGAGUCCCACGGGAUGUGUAUCGUCUCCCUCAUCACCUCCAUCCUCACACUCCUCCUCGGGCUUGCGAUGUUCGCCAUCGACCUCAUCCUCAUCCUCAUCGGCAAGCAGAAGAUCAGCUCGCUGACCGACUUCAACUACGAGGUCAACUGGGGCGCGGGGCUCUGGCUCGUGCUUGCGGCCGUCAUCCUCAGCUUCAUCGGGAUGAUCCUCAUGUCCAUCGUCGUCUGCGAAUGUUGUGGCGUUGGCAGGAGGCACCGCCAUCACCAUCAUCACCACCAUGACCACCAACACGACUCUACGAGUCCAAUAGAGAACAAACCUCUGAAGAAUUGGGAAGCAUGA